CAGAGGGGUUGUAACUCAGGCUCCAGCAGAGUGGUGCAGAAUCCAGCUGCCGCUCUCUCUCUUUCCUUCUCCCCCUCUCCCUUUCUCACGUGGUGGCCAGGCUGGUUCGUGUCGGCCUCCGGAUAACGGACUGCGCGCACAAAGAGAGUCCAGGAAAUUCCUCCAGGCACGGGGCAGGGACUUGGCCGGGUGUCUGUUAUUGGAAAAGCUGACGGAGAAAAGGAGGGGGGUUUAGAGUGACUGCUCGGAGUCAAAGACAGAAAGAGAAAGAGUGAAAGAAAGAGAGAGCAAGGCCUCAUGCAGCGAUUUAGAGGAGCCUCAAUCUUGCUUUAUCUGCCUGACACACCCUGACUGCCUGGGCAUUUGUGCUGGGGGACUGUAGGUGGACAGCGCAGAGCAGAAUGAUGACCCAAGAACAGUGCACUCAUAGGAACAAUGUCCAGAGCACCGAGAAACCGCAUGUGUACAAAGUGGGCAUCUAUGGCUGGCGGAAACGUUGCCUUUACUUCUUCGUCCUCCUCCUCAUGAUCCUCAUCCUGGUCAACCUUGCACUCACCAUCUGGAUCCUGAAGGUCAUGAACUUCACCAUAGAUGGCAUGGGUCACUUGCGAAUCACAGAGAGAGGGCUCAAACUAGAGGGCGACUCGGAGUUCCUCCAGCCGCUGUAUGCCAAAGAAAUCCAGUCCAGACCAGGUAGUCCACUUUUCCUGCAGUCAUCUAAAAAUGUCUCCAUCAACAUCCUGAAUGGGAAGAACCAGCUGGUCUCACAGUUAAUUGCAGGUUCCCAUGGAGUUCACGCGCGGGGCAAGAUGCUUGAGGUGAAGUCAAGCACAGGCAAGCUGCUGUUCUCUGCCGAUGACCGUGAGGUGGUGGUGGGGGCUGAGAGAUUACGAGUCAUGGGGGCAGAGGGAGCCGUGUUCAGCAACUCGGUGGAGACCCCACACGUCCGAGCGGAGCCCUUCAAAGAGCUGCGUUUGGAGUCUCCCACCCGUGCACUGUACAUGGAGGCUCCUAAAGGUAUACAGAUUCAGGCAGAGGCAGGCGACAUCCAAGCCACAUGCAGAAGCGACCUGCGUCUGGAGUCUAAAGACGGAGAGAUCACUCUGGAUGCCAGGAGGAUCAAGCUCUUGCGUCUGCCCGAGGGGAAAGCCUCCCCCUCAGGAACCAGACAGACUGUCUAUGAGGUGUGUGUCUGCCCCAAUGGGAAACUCUUCUUAUCUCAAGCUGGAACAGGAUCCACCUGCCAGAUCAGCAACAAUAUCUGCCUCUAGACACUCUUUAACUCUUAGACCCACACACACACAUACACACACCCCCACACUGACACACGAACAGCCAUACACCCACACAUAUACAGCUGUCUGUUUUACUCACACAAACUGCAAACCUGGUCCUCUGAAGAGUCCCACCAUGAUAAGAACUGAUUUUUUUCUUCAAGAUCUGUAAAGAGACACUUCAGUGUCAAAGCCUGUUUGCAAGGCAAUUUCAAAGGCAAGAAACUUUUGGGUGAUCACCACAAUUCCACUGCACUUUUCAGUACUAUUGCCAUCAAGCGUCCUAGCUUUCCAUUGCUGUUGGUUCUUUUAAGUAAAGGUGGAGUGCAUCAGCUCAUGCAGUGAACGCUAAAUUUGUCCUGUUCUUUUUCUUUUCGAUUCCAUCUGUAACAUGCUUUUGGUCACCUCUUUAUUUUUACUACUUCGUCUUUCAAAUCGCAUUGCUGACCGUGGCAGAAACGCUCACUCACGGAAACAAUAAGUGAAUGUCGCAUCCAAACUGGACGUACAGUGAUGGUGAUCACCCGAACUAAAACUGUGCUUGCAAUGGGACUGACCCAAACGCACCCACUCUGUUCAAAGAGGAGAACAGUGCCUGUGCCUUAUCUCAAUGCACUUGUGGCAAGAAGCACAUCUCACUGACUUUUAUUUUGACAAGGAAACUUUUAUUUUGAUGUACUUUCUUCUUUGGUGAUUUUUGCCCCUGAAAAUCAACACUUUUUCAGUUGUACAAAAGUACAAGAAUGCAAAGGACACAAAUGACCGCAGCCGCAGACACGUCCCAUCAUUGAGGUUCUGUUGUUGAUAACUGCUUCAUUACGCAGAUAGACAAAAGGCCACUGUUAUUUAGUCUGAAUGUCUUUUCUUGUCCUUUGUGUCCUUCUAGUUGGCACAGCAUUAAGAAAAACGAUGAUUUUUGGCCACAAGCGCUUUUCUUUCAUAGCGGCUGGUGGGGAAUUUGGCCUUUGCAUUCUUCUUGGAAUGUGAGUGUACGUGUGCGUGGGUGUGUGUACACCAGUAUGUGUGGGUGUUGACAAAGUUCUACCACAAGGUUUUAUGUAUUUUUCUCUAUUUGAUCUUAUAUGAUAAACAGAAAUAAAAACAAACCAGAAAGAUGAACCAAAAAAGGCUGGAGGGCCUGAAUGACUUUCAGUAUCCUAUAGCUCAAUUUUUGCCAACUGUUGCAAGCUCUCACGCAUACAAUGUGCAGCACAUUCUGUUCUAGAUUGAGGAUCUACCGUAAAGGUUCAUGGGGCUUUUAUAUGGAAAACAUACAUGCAUUUCAAUCUCAAACGUUCAUCUGAAAGUUGGCAGGGCCCAGAAUAUGUUUGCCAAUCUCUGGCUCACGUGUUGCAAUAUUUUACACUGAGUGACUCUUUUCUUUGUUGUUUAGUUGUUUCUACAUUUUUUCAUUCUAAUUGACCUAUCCAUACUCUGCCCACCAAUGCAUUCUUUCCUAGCAACAGCAUGUUAGCAAAAAUUUCCGUCAACCUAACAAGAAACUCAGGUUUUUGUCAAAAUACAGAAAUUGCGUUAUUAAUUACAAAUUAGGUUUAACUCAUUAAACUAUAAGGGUCUGUAUGUGGGCCCAGAAUAUAACUUACAAAGUCUACUGGCCUUAUAGUUGUUACUGAGUAAUUUAUUGUAUAGAUGCUUAAGAUUAAGAUUAAGAACUGAAUAAGAGUUUAGGGGUUGAAUACACAAGUUAAAAGUCUGGACAACUGAAUAUGCAGGUUCAUAAUCUUAAAGACUUAUUUAUGUAACAGUUUAUGCUCAAGUGCAAAUGAAAUUUGUUUCUAAGGUAAGUUGAUGCCUCAUUAAAAAAAAAAUAACAGCAAGAAAAAUUCAGCGAUAACAAGGACUCAGCAUAUGUGGAACUUCUGCAGUCAUGUGGAAAAAGUAUCUGAGGUGGUUCCUAAUGAAGCUGCUUGAAAGAUUGUUAAGAUGCAUCAAUGCAAAGUGGGCCAAAUUUCUAAAAGAAACUAAAAUAGAAGAUAAUCUGACUUUUUUUAUUCAUUACAGUUCCUUAUGUCAUAAUUGCGAUAUCUUUACUAUAUUUAUAAAUAGUAGAUAUGGACAAUAGUAACGGUGAAGAAAACCUUCUAUGAGUGGGUGUGUACAAACUUUUGAUAAACUAAUUUUGUUUCAGAAAUAUGAAUAAAAUGUUUAAUAGAUUCAUCAUCUGAAAUUUCAUAGGUUUCAAUUAAUUAAUAAGAAGCUGUAAAGACAUUAAGAAUUCUUGCAUACAUCCAGCAUAAUGAGUCUAGCUGUAGAUGGUUCUGAUAUGACUGAGCAAGCUGUAGAACAUCAAGAAUGAAUUAUAAUAAAGUUAGGCUGAGUGAGGCUGAGAAUUUGACAAACAUUUAUGUAAACAGAGAAUUACAGUAUAAAAUGCAUCAUUUAGAAAAAAAUGGUUCUUGAUCCAAAUAAAUACUAAUGCAAUCUAAAAUACCUUUUGUUCUCUAGGAGGUAUUAGAUCUGCAUCAUGUAAGUCAUUACUGUAUAUAAGAUAAAAUUAUUAAAGGGUCCAUAUCAUGGAAAAAUGAAAUCUUCCUUUGUUUGAAGUGCAACGUUGCUCAAGUUUCAAAACACUAUUCACUCCCUAGUCUGUACAGCCCAUAUAUGGAAACAAAGCUGCAAAAAUAGCCUGUUUUGAAUUCACUGUUUUUUCUGAUGUCACACAAAUCAAAGCAUUUACAUAUAUUGGCUUCCUCAGCCCCAUCCAUUUAAUGUUAAGCUAAGGGUUUUUGAAUAAGGUUUUUGAAUAGGCACAAUACCGGGCAGGAAAUCAGAACAGAGGUCAUUUUCAUGUAACAGUCUUAAAGGCACAGUAACCAAAACAGCCUGUUUAAUUCUAAGAGAUAAAAAGAGGCUGGAAUAUGGUCAUAAAAUCAAUUAAGUCUGUUUUUGUUACAAAAAACCCACAAAAUCUCAAAUUAACCUCAGGAGGAGAAAUAUAAAUUACAAGAAACACAGUUUAUAGACUCUUUAUAUAACACGUGACUCCAAACUUUUGAAUGGUUGUGUAUUAAGUUUGCAUGCAUUAGGACAAAGUGGGUGUAGUCAUGUAAUCAAGUCAACGUUAGCAAGGUAUUGUUUCCAUCUUGCCUUACUUUCAAUUAUUUACAACAACAUGGUCCAAACAGCAAAACCUGUCAUUUAAUCUAAACUCUAAAUUACUUACAUUUUUCAUUCUAUAAAGCUUAUCCAAAAUGGCAGUCGUUGCUAUGGAAGAGUGCAUUUAUACGUGGAGGACGGAUGGGUCAGUUCAUCAACACAACCACUAUUUCUGAAUUUAAAUGUAGAAAUCAAGAGUUUCUGUGGAUGAAGGAAAAACUCGCAAAGUACGACUUUUGUUCACCUGCAUUUCUUUGCAACUUUAAUAUAUUUAACAUGGCAAUUUACAGGCUGCCAUAACCACUACAGAAAAACAAAGUAAAAAUAAAUUGCAGCUAAGCUGCAGAAAGUCCAUGAAGAUGUGGCAAUAUGUAUAAGUACACUUCUCACUGCAACAUAGCAACAGAUUAACAUUCACUAACCACUAAUUUGCUCUUAAAAUACAAGGACGGAAAAAGCAACUGCGUCAUGCUUUAGAUGUUUUCAUACCAGAGUUGUUUAGUGAUUAAGAAGAAUCCCUGUAAAUCUUCUUUCUCUCCUGCUUCUGUAAGAGCAUAGAACUCCUUCUCUAAAAGCAACAUUCUCACUGUACUUCUUUUCCAACAGCAGAGUAAACACAGAGGAAUGAAGAGUGGCAGUUAUGAUUAUGGCGUUAUGGGGCUGAAGCCCCAAGUGAACACUGUCAUCCUAUUAACAUGCUAAACGUAGCGGCUAGUGGAAGGUGACAGCAAUCUUUAGGGAGUGACACAUCACAGAAGGGCUUAAUAUGAUUCAUUUGCUCUUUUGAUUUCCAGGAGUAAUUAAGAAGUUGAUACCGAAUGUGUGCAAGUGUGAGAAUGUCUGAUUGUUGCUGUUUUGUUUAAUUAGUAGCAUUAUUUUGAAGCCCUGUUGCAUGAGACGACAAACUAGUUGCGGUAAUUGAACCCAAGUCUGGGAACAGACAAGACACCCCAGUGAUGAUUUGGAAUUUUCAUGUGUGGGAUUUUUGUUUUUUUCUUGUUUAUUUUUUUCUUUGCUAACAUUUUAAUGCAACUGUUGUUUUAUAUACCUCACUGCUGAUGAGAACUAAAAAAAAAAAAGUAUAAUAACAAACUGAGAUGAAAAGUAUUUUAUCUUCUCAUUUAUGCAUUGACUGAAUUGAAAAGGUGUGCAAAAUAAAUGUUUUGGUAGAGCUAUCUGGAGAGGUCAGGAAAGGAUCAAGCAUGACAGAUCGAUGUCUUUAUUUACUUAAAAAUAAAGGUGCCAAAAAGGGUUCCAUAUAAGUAGAGAUGGCACGAUACCACUUGAAAACGAUCCUGAUGUUGAAAUGUUACCAUCAGCUGGUAUCCGUCCGAUAACUAAGCUUCAAAACUAGCUUUUUUCUGCGCUUCAUUUAAAGAAAUGGAUUGAUGAAAAGACGAAUUUACAUAAAUACAACAAUUCCACUUACCCCAGAUGUAGUCGAUCAGCCGAGACAUGUUCGGAACUAGGAACUGGAAUUAGGAGGCUAACAUUGCUAGCAACCCUUAGAAGAAAUCUUUUUCAUAAAUGAACGCCUCUCAACCGCAUCCAGGUCCUCGUUAAUAUCAUACAGACUUCCUGAUGUGGUUUAGGACACAGUAUGACUUACUGUAGACCAGGGAUCUGACACGGGAGAUGGGGUCAUUAUCAGGAAGCAAUAGCUUGCAUACAGCAAUUCAAACGUGAAAUGAGCUACACAAAUUACGCCUACAAAUUUGUUUAUUAUACUGCUAUCUCAUGCUUUAUAUGUCAAUAUUACAACACAAAUAUUAACAGGAAUGUCAUACACAUUCAGUGUAGAGAUUCAAGAUUUCGUCACCUAUUACAAUCAAGCUUUUUUCUUUCCAUUGUCACUUAAAAUGCAUGUUAUUGAUCUUUUAGCAAAAUAAUGACAACUACGAUGAUAUUUAAAAAGAAGAAGGACGGAGAACAAAUCAGUAAACAAUCAGUGCAGUAAAGAAGCGCUGAAAAUAUCAGGAAAGAUUACUGCUUCUUUCUUUUGUCAAUUUUGGCUUUAAUAAAGUUUUAAUAUGUAAUUGACAGCUAUAUAAUAAUUUAUAUCUGACAGCUCUUUUUUCAACAACCAUCCUGUAAGCCUCAAAAUGAUCUUGUGUGAUUUCAAAAAGUGAGACACGCCCCCCGCCCCUUGCACCAGUGCUGUAAACUAUAAAUAUGAACAAAACUUCACUGUGAAUGCUGUGAAUGUUGCAUUUUAAACAGCAGGUACUGUGCUGAACUCUGACUGAACUGCACACACAUCACGCAGGUAUAUGGAUGCCACAGAUUGCCACAGACUGCCACAGUUUCUUUUUAGAAAUUAUUGUAAUCUUUCAUUUUUUAACCGAAGAUGUAUGUUUAUAAACACAAACAGAUACUGUCAAUGUAAUCUAGCUUCCAUAAGCUUACAUGAUGUGUGUGCACUCAAAAGCUCAGACUUCAGCACAACACCUGUUGUCUAAAGCGGCUGCCUGCUGAUUUUUAUACUGUGCAGUAAACAUACUGUGUUCUAAACCACUACUGGCAAGCCUGUGUGCCCUUAAUGGAGACCUGGAUGCAAUUUGAGCAGGUAGAGAGAAGGUUUGGGAUAAUUUGGGUGACUACUGACUUCCAGUAAUUGUUAGGAACGUUAGCCCUGUAGUUCCAGCGCUAAACUAAAGAGACAACAUUUGGACACCAAACGAUUCAGCUGAUUGACUACAACAAGGCUAAGUCAUCAAUGUACAAUGAUUUUUAGCUGCAAUUUGAGCAUCAAGAAAGUAGACUAUCAUACAAAAAUUACUCAAACACUCUACUAAACCGCAGGAAAAAAUACACUGCUACAAUCUUCACAUCACACAAUGUGAGUCAAUGCUAUUUCAAGAGACAUUUUGUUACAGGAUCCAGAUCUGAUUAACUCCUUUUUCCCUCUAAUACCCAACCCAGCAUUUACUGCUGAUAUCAGCCUGAUACCGAUACCUGGUAACAGAUCAGUGCCAUCUCCACAUGCACGAACCACUGUUGAUUACCUAGAAAACAUUUCAAUGGCUGGUUCUUUAAAGAACCAUUUUUUUAGACGUUUAAAGGUUCUAUACUAUAUUAAGGUUUUCACAGAAUCGUGCAUCCAAGCAAAGCUUUUAAAAACUUUGAGGAACCUUUAUUUUUAAGAGUGUGAGUAUGAGUGUGUUUUGGUUUGGUUUGAUUUGUGGUCAUACAGAAGCUUCCCAACCCAGUGACACAAUGUGGGUUCUUUUUUUGCUGUGUAUAUACAGGUAUGUACAAGGAGCACAAAUAAAGUUUGUUUGCUUUGGAUUGAAGGUACACAUUUCUCAUUACCAGGAAUUGGAUAUCAUGCAACAUAUCAACAAUGUGCAUAUAUAUAUGUACCCUUCAUAAUUUGAACAUGAGAGUACUGCACUAUGAGAGUACUAAAUUGGCAUGGAUGUGGUGGAGAAAGUUGGAUUUUUUUUUUAAUAUUACAUUUUUAAGUAUGGUUUCCAGCGUGUUAGAACUAAAAUUUGCCACUUGAUUUGCUUUUUAAUGUUUUUUAAUGUUCCCCUCUGCAAAAACCUGACGAAAUAUUAAACUGGUUUGACACAGUUUUGUGAGGACUGACAGCUCAUUGUAAGUUGUUUGGGUUUCUUUUCUGCAUUUUGUUUGUUUUCUUUUAAUGGUAGUAAAUGAAAAGGAUCCUCGCACAUUCUAUGCAAAAUGUAGAGAGCAUUUAAUAAUGCAAAGAAUUGUGUCCGCUAUCUAUAUUAAAUUUAUGAUACUUUAUGUAUACAGUUUGUAUUUAUAAACUGAGUUGCAAUCGAAACUGUAUCAAUAAACUUAUUAAUAAAAGUUGGUAAGGGC